AUGACGAGAAUGCUCGAUCGACUAGUUGUCGCGUACGAAUUAUCUCAAAUCAGACAUGACAUUGAACAUCCUGCUCACAAACUGCAUUUCGCUGGUAUUGGUGCUGGAAAACGUGCUAACAUCUUAUUCGAUGACUAUUACCAGUCAGUGGUCAGAAAGAGGUCUGAAAAAGCGCAAGCCGAUAUCGACAACCGUCAUCGAGAGGUCAUGGUGAGCCUCCUAGAACAGUACAGUCUGCAGGUGUUCCACGAACAGUGGUUCACAAUGUCUGAGAUGUUACUCUACAAAAAGCGCGAAGAGGAUACUCUCAAAUAUAGUAAGAACUCGCGAGAUCUUCUGAAGAGCAUGUUUCUGGAUGGCAAAAUAGUGUUGACCAAUUCCGAUUUGAAGGAAGUGAUGAACCUUCUCAAUGUAGCUGGAUUACAAGUGGAGGAUAUGAAAAUGGAGGUAAUCGCACCAGGUGCUUUGGGUGGUGGCUCCCCACCAAAGCUCACGUCUGAGGAGAUGCGUCUUUUACAAGAAGUGAUCAAGCGACAAAUGGACGAUCUUCGAGACAUAAAGCGCAUCACGCAGCGAGAACAAGCUUAUGGCAAUCUUGUUGAAUAG